AUGAAAACUCAUGGGUAACAGCUAGCCUCCAAUGAUCCUUCUCAUAAUUAUACCAAUGUCCAAUAGUUUUCACGGGAUACUGUAUUGCUCUAGAAUUUAACAUCAUCUUCAAUUCAAAAUGUUUUUAGAGGUAUUGCAGAGGUAAAAAAACAACAAGAUAGGCCUAAAUUUCUUAUAUAAAAGCAGGUAUUGAACUAGAAAUAAUCUCCUACUUCACUUUUUUCUCCAAAUACCAAUUUAAAAGGAGAUAAGUAAUAAGUUUUUGAUUAUAAUCAAACUUCAACUCUAAGUCCAAGCCCAAAGUAACUAAAGAAUCAAAUAUCAUUAUUGCGUCCUAGAAUAAAAACAAGGGAUCAUGAAGACAUUAAUAAAAAUAAAAUGAGGAGCAGCAAAAAAUACUUGAACUCUCGAGGAGGCGAUUGUGAUAGUAAGUAAAGAAUAAUGAAUAACCUUAAUUAAUCAUGCGACCUCUCUACAUCUGAUUUUAGUCAGGAAUUGCACUAGGUACCAGGUUAAUUUAUCUAUCAGGCACCAAAAUAAUAUAUGCGUAGGGUUGAUGUAGCGAUUGGACCUCUAACCUCAAACUGUACUUCUCUUAUAAAAAGCUUUAAAGAAAAUGACAGUAUGAAUUUACUUCACUAAUCAUUUGAAUUAAGAGAAAAAGAUACACAUACAUUUAACAAAAAGUUAGACAGGUUUCAUUUGAAGCUAAAAAUAUAAGAUAAGUUUGUUAUGAACACUUUACUCAAGGAUAGUGUAAUAUUCAAAUCGUAGAAGCACCACAAACUCGAUUAAUAAAAUCAUUUAAAUCAAAAUCAUUUUGAGGAAGCAAAGUUGUUGUAAGAAUCUAACUGGUAAAUUAAUGACGAUUUAUCUAAUUCGGCUUAAAAUAUCUUUAAUUCGGUGUCAGUUGAAACUUGUGAUGACAAUUAGGGCGACGAUUCGUAGAUGAGUAUAGACAAAUUAGAAAUCAAUGAUGGCUAACGGUAACAUCUAAUGGACAGUCUUAAAAGCUUUUACUUGAUUAAUUAGUACCGCCAUCAUUUAAAUUAUUAAACCAAGAAUAGAAUACUAAGACCAGAUGUUAAUUAAAUAAAAGUUAAUAUUCCCACUCCGAAAAACUUCGCUCUCAAGAAGUUACUUAUCCUAGAUAUGGAUGAGACACUUAUACAUGCAGCAGCAUCAAGUGAAAUAGAAAACUAUCCAGUUAAACCAAAUAUUAUUACUUAGUUUGAUGAUCCAGAUGAUAAUAGGCUAGAAAUCGCCAUAUUUUUCAGGCCAUAUCUACAUACUUUCCUUAAAAAUAUGGCUAAAUACUUUCAGAUUGUGAUUUUUACUGCCAGUGAUUAAAAUUACGCUGAUUGCAUCCUGAAUAUUGUAGAUCCCGAGAGAUUGUAUAUAGAUAUGAGAAUGUAUAGACCUUUUUGCAAGUCUACUGACUUCGGAUAUAUCAAAGAUCUCUCUAUUAUCUAGAACAGAAAUUUAGAGAAUGUUGUAAUUGUGGACAAUAAUUUAUUCUGUUGUGCAUUACAAAUUAAUAAUGCAAUUCCAAUUUAGCCAUUCUAUUGCGAUCCUAAAGAUGAAGAACUCAACUAUCUGGAAUAAUACUUGAUGAAUAAGGUUCUCCUAGCUAAGGAUGUUAGACUGUGUAACUCAGUGGCAUUCGACUUGGAAAAUGUGAUAAAAGUGGCUAACCAAGAGCUAUUUGAGUCAUUAGAUGGACCUCUAACAACAAUAGAUUGUGAAAAUGAGUAAAUGUCAGAUUAAGACUGA